UACCAUAGAAGAAGAAGGUUAUUUCGGUCGAGGAACGUCACCUGCAUCUGUGAGGUAUUCCGAAGCCAGGGAAGAGAUGACCGGCCAGACGGAGGCUGAUAUACCUGAAACAGGAGCAGUCUUCACCUUUGGGAAGAGCAAGUUUGCUGAUAAUGUGCCCAGUAAAUUCUGGCUGAAGAAUGACCAUCCAGAGGAAAUCUCAUGUGGGGGGGAUCACACUGCUGUCAUAACAGGCCAUGGCAGGCUGUUCAUGUUUGGAAGUAAUACCUGGGGUCAGCUAGGACUGGGGUCAGAGAUCAAUGUCAACAUCAACAAGCCCACCGCUGUGAAAGCGUUCAAGUCUGAAAAAGUUAAGUUUGCGUCAUGUGGGAGAGACCACACAAUAGUGUGCACAUGGAGUGGGCGUGUUUAUGGUGCUGGCAGUAACCAGGAGGGGCAGCUUGGUUUGGGACACUGUGACGACACAAACACCUUCCACCUGCUUCAUCCUUUCUCUGACCAUGCACCAAUCAAAAUGCUUGCUGCUGGCUGCAACACCUCAGCUGCCCUGACUGAGGACGGCAGGCUGUUCAUGUGGGGUGAUAACUCUGUGGGCCAGAUCGGUCUGGGCACAGAGAGCUACGCCUCAGAGCCCAGAGAUGUGAUGGUGGGACAGCCAGUGGCCUGGGUGUCUUGUGGAUACCACCACUCAGCGUUUGUCACAGUGGAUGGGGACCUCUACACCUUUGGGGAGAGUGGGAGUGGAAGGCUGGGUGUAUUCCCAGACCAGCUAGCCAAUCACAGAGUCCCUCAGCGGGUGGAAAGCAUCCAGGACCCGGUCAUCCAAGUGUCCUGUGGAGGGGAGCACACAGUGGCACUCACAAAGGACAAUGUGUACGCGUUUGGGCGGGGGCAGCAUGGGCAGCUAGGCCAUGGGACCUUCCUGUUCGAGGUACCUUUGCCAAAAGCACUGGACCACUUCCGGAAUGGCAGAGUCAGUCACGUAACCUGUGGAGAGAACCACACUGCAGUGAUCACAGACAGUGGGAUUCUGUACACCUUUGGAGACGGUCGCCAGGGUAAACUAGGACUGGGGGAAGAGAACUUCACCAACCAGUUCAGACCAACACUGUGCCCACGCUUCCUCAAAUACAGUGUCCAGUCAGUGGCAUGUGGCGGCUCUCACAUGCUGGUGCUGGCUAUGCCCAGACUCCCAGAGGUUGAGGAAGUGGUGAUAGAGGAGGAUGAUGUUACAGAGAGCAUUCUGGAGUCUCUGGAGACCUACACCGAGCUGCUCCUGAUGGACCCCUCCUUCCUGAUGCCCAACCCACAGACCACACCUCUGUGGACCCUGUCUGCUAGGGCCCGCCGCAGGGAGAGGGAGAGUUCUCCAGAGCAGUUUGGCCAGAUGUUCCGUAACCUUCCGCCUCUGAUGUCCGGCUUCCUCAACGCCUCCCUGCCCCUGUCCAGAAAUAUCCGCAUCUCCAGAUCACCAUCUGAAGACCCCUGCAUCUCCUCACUGUCCUCCAAUCCCUCCUCAAACGACCCCCCCAGCCCCUCUCUGUCCCUUAAAUCCAGAUCCAAAACCCCAUUAACACCGUCACCCAAGUUCAUAUUCCCAGACCCUCCUAGCCCUUCACUCUCCUCCAAGUUCUUCCCUAAGAAGAGACCCAGCCCAUCAAAAUCACCCAAAUAUGCAUCUAAAGAACGCCUCACCCACUCACAGUCCUUUAAAUCCACACAUAAACUCAUCCCCACCCCCUCAAUGUCCCCUAAACCCUCCUCUGUAAAGCCCACAGAUGACAACCAAUCCCCCAAAACGCUGUCUGAGGGUCCCACCACACCACAGACAGACAGGACCAAGGACACUGUGACAGAAGCAACUGACAGCCGGAUGCUCAUUGAGAAUUUGGAGAAGAACAUGGAUGUCAUGGAAGAAGAGGACAAUAAAGACAUGUUGCCAGACCUGGCAUUACCAUCAGGAGGCGAUUUUGGCGAUGAGACUGGGACUACAUCUGCAGAACAGAAGGAUAAGGGACAUAAAAAGGGUCGGGCUCUGAGGAGAGCUGUUAAGGAGGCAGAAAUGGAGGUUGAACAAGCCCUGGUCAACAGGAAGCCGCAGCUACUUUCCCAUAAGGCCCUUCCCACCGAGCUUCUGAGAGGCUCCAGCUUGAGUUCGUUAAAGGCAGAGGGCACACCCCCAAAGAGCCCCAAAUGCUUAAUGAACCCUCAGACACCAGCCAGCGGCAAGGAAAACAUUGCUUUGACAGCGGAAAAGGCUGGCAUCAAAGUGAACACCAGUAAACUGACGGGUAGUAAUCUGCAGAGCACAGGUAAAGCAGGGUCUAAGCCAAUUUCACCAGCAAAGAAACAAAGCAAGUCAUCCGUAUCGAAACCUAGCACUCCUGAACACAGCCAGAUCCAGAUAUCUGUGUCUAAACCCAGCACUCCAAAACAUGGUCAAAACAAACUGUCUGAAUCUAAACCCAGCACUCCAAAACAUGGUCAAAGUAAGCUGUCUGAGGUGAAUAAAGGUACAGGGAUUAAAGGUAAAGGCCCUGUAAAAGUUCAAGGUAAGGAGGUUGAGGCGUCCAAAGACAAUAAAUCAAAAAUUGCAGAGGAAGAUACUAAAACAAUUGAAGUUCAAAAUAAACCACUUCAAGAGAUCAUGUCCCCUCCAGUCAAAGUUAAAGGUAAACCUGUGGAAAAGGAAACAACUCCAAAUAAGGUUAUUGCUGAAACCACUCCUUUGAAAGUAAAGAGCAUUACCAAGAAGAUUGUAGAUGAUAACAAACCUUCUGAAGGUAAAGGCACUCAAAUAAAGGGAAAAAAGAAGGCAAAAGAGGUGAAUGAAGAGAAGAUGGAAGAGUCUAUUACUUUCAACGAGUCAGGGACAACAGUGGGGAACAAAAUGGCAGUUAAAGAUAAAGGCAAAGCCAAAGAAAAAGAAAGUGCACCCACCAAAACAAAAAAUGUGCCCAAACGUAAAGAUGUUGAAGCGAAACUAACUGAGUUAGAGGGAGCCCCAGUGAAACUGAAAAGCAAGCCGACAGAGGUUUCCAGCCAUGCAGUCUUAGUAGAAUCUACCUCAAAGGCCAAAUCACCAGUCACAUCACUCUCAUUAUCAGAUGCACUACCUCAAAAUGCUGGAGAUAAGAAGUCAACAAAGUCACUGGUUGUCUGUCAGGUCAGGGAUAGAGUGGAGGUCACAGGGGAAGAUGCCUUUGAUGAAUCCCAGGAGGGGAAGCCUAGCUGGGGAGGAUUUCUCAGCGAUGCAGCCUCUCUCCUUCCAGAUGUGGGGAUGGCGGGGGCAGCCAUGGGGGUCCUGAGUGAGGCGGUGACGAGCGUGAGGGGGAUUCAGUCGGAGAGUGACACAGACACUUCUAUCCCUCCUCGGCGGUCCAGCCGGGUAGAGCGGUUCACCAAACAGAGCGCCAUCACCCAGCCUUCCUCCACAUCACCCUCUUCUUCAACAUCAGAUCCAAGCACAGCUGAGCAAAGCAAGAGGACCAACGCCCGCAUCAGCACCCUCUGGAAUUCUGAUCAGGAAGUGGGGAGCAGGAGUUUUGAGAAGGACCCAGAAACCACAGAGGCUGCUAGCGAGAGGUCAGAAGGUCAGGCCAAGGUCGAUUAUGAUGAGAACUCUAGUAGUCAAAGUUCGGGAGCUGAGGAUGAUGAAGAUAAAGAGUCCACAAAGAGACAUGGAGAUGGGACAGAAAUGGAGAGCACCCAACAAGAGGAAAAAGAGGAUGACAGAAAUGUUAAGGGUCUGGAAGAUAACAGUGAAGACAGUGAUACUGUGGCUAGCGGAGAGGGAGAGGUGGGUAGAGAAGAAAAGAGUGAAGACAGCGAGGGCGCGGAAGAGGAAAAGAGUGAAGAGAGCGAGGGCGCGGAGGCAGAAGAAAAGAGUGAAGAGAGCGAGGGCGCGGGCGCGGUAGCAGAAGAAAAGAGUGAAGAGAGCGAGGGCGCGGAGGCAGAAGAAAAGAGUGAAGACAGCGAGGGCGCAGAGGCAGAAGAAAAGAGUGAAGAGGACGUGGAGGCGGAAGAAGAAGAAAAGAGUAAUAGUGUGGGGACAGGAGAGGGGGGGGAGGAAGACGAGAGGUGUGAGAGUGAGGGGACAGGAGAGUGGGAACAGGGAGAGGAGAAGAGUGAUAGUGAUGCGACAAUAAAGGGGGAGGAGGAAGAAGAGAAAAGUGAUGAGGGUGCAGUACAGGGGGAGGAGAAAGAAGAGAAGAGUGAUAGUGAGGGGACAAGUGAUGGGGAGGAGAGCAAAGAGAGUGAUUCUGAGGCAAGCCUAGAGGAGGAGGGUGAGGAGACGAGUGCACAGAGAGAGGGGGAAGGAGAAGAAGGCGAAAGUGGUUCUGGGACAAGUGGAGAGGAGGAGGAGAAGAGUGAAGAAGAGUCCAGUGAUAAAGAGAGUUGGGAUGAAAAAAAAGAGGAAGAGGAGGAGAGCAAUUCGAGUGAGUAUGAAAAGGAGGAGAGUGGUGAUGAAUCAGGAAAUGAGGCUGAGAGCAAGAGUGAGGGAUCAGCAGAAGAGAAAGAAGAUAAACAAGCAGAAAAAGCAGAAAGUAAAGCCACUGAGUCAGCAGAGGAGGAAGGAGAGACACAAGAAGAGGAAGAGAGUGGAGCAGAGGAGGAAGGAGAGAACCAAGAAGACGAAGAGAGUGUAGCAGAGGAGGAAGGAGAGAACCAAGAAGAUGAAGAGAGUGGAGCAGAGGAGGAAGGAGAGAACCAAGAAGAGGAAGAGAGUGGAGCAGAGGUGGAAGGAGAGAACCAAGAAUACGAAGAGAGUGGAGCAGAGGAGGAAGGAGAGAACCAAGAAGACGAAGAGAGUGGAGCAGAGGAGGAAGGAGAGAACCAAGAAGAGGAAGAGAGUGGAGCAGAGGAGGAAGGAGAGAACCAAGAAGAUGAAGAGAGUGGAGCAGAGGAGGAAGGAGAGAACCAAGAAGAGGAAGAGAGUGGAGCAGAGGAGGAAGGAGAGAACCAAGAAGAGGAAGAGAGUGGAGCAGAGGAAGGAGAGAACCAAGAAGAUGAAGAGAGUGGAGCAGAGGAGGAAGGAGAGGGAGAGGAUAAGGAAGGUAGUGAAAGUAAAGAAAAUGAGGAGGAGGGGGAGGAGGAGGCAGGCGUAAGUGAGGAGGAGGGGGAGGAGGAAGAAGAAGAGUAUGAGGGAAAGGAUGAAGAAAGUGGAGAAGAUGAGGAUGAUGCAGGAGAGGAGGAAGCAGUUGAGGGUGAGGAAGAAGAGGGUGAAAAGAAAGAUGAAGAAGAUGAGAACAACGAAGUUGAAGAGGGUGAGGAGGGACGAGAAGAUGAUGAGAAAGAAGCCAGGGGAGAGGAAGAGGUUGAAGGUGGAAAAGGUGAGGAAGAGGAGGAAGAAGAAGAAGAGGGAGACAAAGAAGCAGAGGGAGAAAAUGAAGGAGAGGAAGGGGAAGACGGAGAGGAGGAAGAAGAAAGACUGCAAGGAGAGUGGGAGGAGGAAGAAGAAGAGGAAAUUAAGGAUAGAGAAGAUCAGGGAGAAGGAAAGGAUGAGGAUAUGAAAGAAAGAGAAGAGAAUAAUGAGGAUGAGAGUGAAAAGGAGGGGGAUGGUGAAAAACAGGAAAAGGAGAAAGAGGAAAGAGGAGUGCAUGAAGAGAGAGAUGAGGAAGCAAAUAAACAAAAAGAGGAAAGGGAGUGGCAAGAGGAGGAAGACGAGAAGGAAGAAGAGGAAGUGAAGGGAAAAAACGGGGAGGGGGAGGAGAAUGGGGGAGGUAAAAAAGAAGGGAAAGAAAAUAAGACAAGUGAUGGGGAGGUAGAACAAGAGGAAGAAGAGGGCGCAUGUGAACAGAAAGGGGAGAUGGAUGAGGAGGAAACGGGAGCGGGAGAGGAGGAAGGGGAAGGAGAAGAAGAGGAAGAGGAUGAAGAAAAGGAGGAGAAAGAUAGUAAAGGAGAGGAAGAGGAGGGAGAGGAAGAAGAAGAAGAGGGGGAGGAAGAAGAAGAGGGGGAGGAAGAAGAAGAAGAGAGAAAAUCACAGAAAGGGAUAAAGAAAGGGUCACAGAGCGUACCACCUAAAGCAGCUCCCCCCAGCAGGAAAGGGAAGGAAGAGCCCCCAAUGGAGAAACCCAAACCACCGGCCCGCACCAAGCAGAGGACCACAGGGGGAAAACAGGCCAAUGGAACCCAAGAAUCCCAACAGUUCUGGAACAAUGUCUUACCCCAGUACCUGGAGCUGAAGUGAAAUAUACUGGACAUCAAUGGUUUCCAAUUUUAUUUGGGUCACCCAUAACCUGACUGUUAAUAACGGCUGGAAUGGGUCUGGACCUCAGAAAACUAAGCCAGGUGCUCAAUAUACAGCACGACCCUACGUAAACUCCUUGAAUUUAAUCAAUAUCUGCAUACAAUUUACACAAUAUGCCCACUUUACUGUAAGGUACUGAACUGAGUGUACUCAUGCACUAUACUGUACUGAAUUGUAAUAUACAGAUAUUUGUAUUAAAUAAAGAGAAAUUGAGAACUUCA